UUUUCUAACUCGUAACGUGGUCUCGGACAAUGGACCCCUCAGUGCAGACCUCCGAGGGUUCGAGAUCAGUGUCUACGGGCGUUACACUCCAAGUUAAUAUGUGGUACCCGAGACUGGAGCUGGAUUCCAAGAAACUGGCGAUCCUCUUACAUCCCUGGUCGUGGCUUGGGGGCAACAUGCAUGAACCGACUCUGAAGGUACUCACUAGAUUAUUGCAACACAAGAACUACUACGUGAUACGGUAUAAUUUCCGAGGUGUCGGCAAGUCCAGUGGAUGGCCUUCCCUCACAGGCAAAACGGAAGGCGAGGAUCUCAAGGCUCUCGUGCAGGAGUUCUUGGAAGAGAAACCCGAAAUUGAUUCUUUGACGGUUAUUGGAUAUUCUUAUGGCUCUUUGAUAGCCUCGCUCCAUCCUGUUUUGAACCCCAAAGUGAAAACAUCACACAUACUUCUAUCCUACCCCAUCAGCCCAAGAGGAUUACUGACCAUGUUCCACACUGGCAUGUACAGUUUGGCAUUACGUGACAUCUUGUGCAACCCUGACGCCAGACUACUCCUCAUAUACGGAGAUAAGGACGAGUUCACGAGCAAGUCGAAAUAUGAUGAGUGGGUUGAUACCCUCAGGCGAACAGAUGGUUUGAAGGCUAGGUUUGAUGUUGUUCCGGUGAUGGAUGCGAAUCACUUCUGGCAAAGGGACGGCGCUAGAAUUGCGUUACAUCAGGCUGUUGACAGCUGGAUAUCAUGAUUGGCUCUGAUCAUCUCAAUCGCUGCUUCUAUAUAUUUUGUCUUGUACUACCAUUAAUACUGCUAUAGUCAUGUCUUGUCGUCCUUGUUUUCGUUAUUUGCCUAGCAAUAUAUUUGGUGCUACCAAAA